CGGGCAGCGGCGCUGGCCGGGCUCUUUUGUUCAGGGCGGCGGACGGAGCGCGGCCAGGCCCGGGCCCCCCCCGACCCCCGAGCGCGCCCCCCGCGCCCCUUCCCUCGGACACCGGCGGCGGGGCUGUGCAAGCAGCCCGGGAAAGCGGAGAAGCUGGCCAGCACAAUGGGAAAAAAGCAGAACAAGAAGAAGGUGGAGGAGGUGCUGGAGGAGGAGGAGGAGGAGUACGUGGUGGAGAAGGUGCUGGACCGGCGCGUGGUCAAGGGCAAGGUGGAAUACCUGCUCAAGUGGAAGGGCUUCUCCGACGAGGACAACACCUGGGAGCCCGAGGAGAACCUGGACUGCCCGGAUCUGAUCGCGGAAUUCCUGCAAUCCCAGAAAACCGCCCACGAGAGCGAGAAGUCCGAGGGCAGCAAGCGCAAGGCCGAGUCAGACACGGAGGACAAAGGGGAGGAGAGCAAACCAAAGAAGAAGAAGGAAGAGUCGGAGAAACCGCGAGGCUUCGCCCGAGGCUUCGAGCCGGAGCGGAUCAUCGGAGCCACGGAUUCCAGCGGGGAGCUGAUGUUCCUGAUGAAGUGGAAGAACUCUGACGAGGCCGACCUGGUGCCCGCCAAGGAAGCCAACAUCAAGUGCCCGCAGGUGGUGAUCUCGUUCUACGAGGAGAGGUUGACAUGGCACUCCUACCCCUCAGAGGACGAUGACAAGAAGGAGGACAAGAACUAAGCCCCGGUGGCCCCCGCUCCGGGCAGCUCUGGGGGUUUUUUUUGGGAAGACGAUCCGAACUUUGUGGGGUGUGAGCAAAGGAGGGGUUUGGAGGUGCCCUGGAAGAGCCCCCCCAGCCCGGUGUCUGUGCCCUGCAGCCACUGCUCUGCUCCCUGCCAGAUUCCCAGCAGCAUCCCGUGGAAUUCCAGAUUCCA